AUGGCUGCUGCUGUGAGCUUUUCCCGCCGAAUACACAUACUCAUGCUUCUGUACUACUAUUCCAUAUGGUCUCUGCACCCGCCUCGUGCUACCUCGCAUUCUUUCAGCUUCAACUUCUCCCAGCCCGGUGGCUAUGACGCCCAAGAUUUCAGUUUCGAGGGCGAUGCAUACUACGACUCCCAGUCUCGGAGGAUCGAGCUGACAAAAGGCGGCGGGAGUCCAAACAUCCAAAACAGCGUGGGCCGAGCAUUGCACGCGCAGCCGGUACCGCUGUGGGAUGUCGACACUGGUGAGCUCACCCGGUUCACCACCUCCUUCACUUUCCGAAUCAAGGUAAAUGGUCCUGUCAGUGGCGAUGGCUUGGCUUUCUUCCUCGGGCAUUAUCCUCCGACAAGCAUUCCUGAUCCCCUCGACAACGGCAAGAACCUUGGACUCUUUAACCGAAACGUCAGCACGGUCGCGACUGGCGAUGAACGAGCGGUGGCGGUUGAGUUUGACACUUUCUUGAACCCCGGCAUCGACACCAGCGGCAGCCACAUGGGCAUCGACGUUAACUCCAUCAUCUCGCGGGCGUACACCAACGUGACAGUGCAUGGCAAGAACUUAACAGCCGGCCUGCCUAUGACUUGCCAUAUCAGCUACGGAAACGACACAAAAAUACUAGCCGCCGUUCUCCAGAUCGGCGACGUCACCUACCAUGUGAAUACAAGUGUUGACCUGCGUCAGCUCUUGCCCAAUGUUGUGUCCAUCGGCUUCUCGGGUGCUACUGGCGUGGCGGUCGAGCUACACCAAAUAAUGUCCUGGUCAUUCAACUCUACCUUGGAUCCGUCGCCUGCACGGAAGAUUUUGUGGAAACAAAUAGCAGUGGUAACUGGGCCAAUUAUUGGAGUUAUUGCAAUCGUGUGCUCCUUUGUUGGAGUCCGUCGAUGGCAGCUGUGCACAAGAAAGAAGCCAUACAAAGCUCUCGCGAAUGGCCGUAAACAUAUUGGGUAUCAUAAGCUGGCACGUGCGACCAAAAAAUUCGCAGAAGAAAACAAGCUUGGUCAAGGAGGUUCUGCCUUUGUUUAUCGGGGCCUUUUGAAAGGUAGCCAGGUGGCUAUAAAGAGAUUCAAGCUGGUUCCAUCGGGCGAGGGGAGGAAGGCGUUCGAGGAUGAACUCAUGAUCGCUAGUCGCCUACGGCAUAAGAAUCUUGUCAAGUUGAUAGGCUGGUGCUACGAUGGCCAGAGGAACCUGGUUGAGUUCAUCUGCUGGUGGUGGGACGAAAGGUACACACGUCUCUUCCUUGUGUAUGAGCUUUUGCAAGAAGGUAGCCUUGAUCGACACCUACACGGGGGCAACAGUUUGUUACCGUGGUCCAAGAGGCACGAGAUUAUCCUCAACCUAGGUUCUGCACUACAAUACCUCCAUGUAGAUUGCGAGCAAGAUCAACAGUGUAUCGUACAUGGUGAUAUCAAAUCGAGUAACAUAUUACUUGGCUCUUCGUUUGUUGCCAAGUUAGGUGACUUCGGAUUGGCAAGAUUCGUUCACCACGAAACCGGGUCACAGACCACAAAUGUUGUACAGGGCACUUUUGGAUACAUAGAUCCUGUGUUCAUUGACACGAGCAAACGGAAUAGGGAGUCAGACAUCUACAGUUUCGGCAUCGUCCUACUAGAGAUGGUCUCUGGAAGGAACCCAACAGAUCAGGAUAUGCCUCCAUUGUCCACAUGGGUAUGGAGUAAGUACAACGGGAAUGUGAUCCUGGAGGCCGUAGACGAAAGGCUGAUGAACGGCCAGUCUACUAAUGGCCUUCAGCAGAUGAAGCAUGCACUACUCAUCGGACUCUUGUGCGCGCACCAGGACCCGAGCAACCGACCGUCCAUCACCGACGCCAUGAAUGCCCUUGGAUCGGAUUCCGAGGAGCUGACACUGGACAUCACUCCCCUAGAGGCGGUGACACACUAA